AAAAAACCUAAAGCAUUACUAUAGUCCGUCACUCAAUCCCAGACUCCGAGUCGUUCGUUCAUUUCAGAUAUAAAUCCCCAAAACAAAUCUUAGUUUCAAAAUAACCUCAUAAACGGCUAAAUUCCUCCCAUCUAAUCCCUAAUUCCUGAUCAUUGAAUCACGCUUGAAGUAAAUGGCCAUUAUAUUUUCCUGUAACGGAACCAGAAUAUAUAUACUUCUUCGGAUGGUGAGAUUAUCUUUGAAGAUGUAUUCAUUGCUCGUGAUUCUGGCGCACUUGAACAGCUGAAAGAGUUGAGUUCUAAGCCUAAAAUGAUCGAGGAGUCUAUCAGAGCAAGUCCAAUAGGUUACAUAAACUUGUUCCUAAACUCACAUUUAGAUAAUGUACUAAAAAAAAGCACUCCAACACUCUCUUACUUAAAUCACUACAACUUCAAAUCUCCUAGCCAUUACAUAUUUAUAAGUAACCCAUAACUAUUACCUAUUUAAUAUAUUUUAUGAAUAAAAUAAUCACAUCUCUCCUUCUUUCUUUGUCUUUUCCCUUUCUUUCCCCUUCUCUCUCUCAAAUUUAUUAUUAAAAUAAUCUUAGGAGAACAAAUAUAGAGAUUGCUAUUGGAGUUGACACUAAAAAUAGAUUACACAAAUCACUAAGACUCAUUAGGAUUCAUUAUUUUAUAUUAUUAAUAAGUAAUGAGAUAUGUAACCUAUUGAACUUGCUCUUAACGAAAGAAGCUCUAUCACAAUGGUUGUUGCAAGGGAAAUGUCCGGAGGCUCAACUUUGCAAUGUGAACAGGACAUCCAUAAAUUAGAGAAUUACUUGCCAUUACUGGAAAACUUUAUCCACCAAGUUAAUAUGGUUAGCGAUAGCUCUCGGAUGCUUCAAUGGACUUCUGAACUUAUGAUAAGUUGGAGCAGUGCUCUUACAUCUUUAUCUUUCUUCAGUUUUUUGGGUCAAAAGUUCUUUCAAAUUGAUAGUCUGUUGUUUGAGCUCAGUAUGAUGCUCUUUCUUGAUGUUGCACUACUACGAGAAUUGGCGUUUGAACUAUUGUCCAAAGGUAAACCUUAAUAAUAAAUUCCUUACCCAUGCAUAUGAAAACAUUAUUCUGCUUAAUUGUUACUAGUUUAUGACCCGUGCCAAGCACGGGUUUAAAUAAAUUUUUAAAAUUUAUUAUUUAUUGAAAGGAUAAUGUUUUUUUUAAUUACAUUAUCAUAUUUUUAUUUUAUUUAUUUAAAUUAUUGUUUUAAAAUGAUAUCUAAAUUAUUGUUAUUUUGAUAUAAGAUUUUCUAUAUAUUAAAAUUUGAUCUUAUUUUAAAUUUAUUUCAUAACAAUAUGGGUCCCCGUUCUAUAGAGUUCACAAAAUAAGGAGUAUUGGAGUUCAAAAUUAUUUAAAAAAUAUCUAUUCGUUUUAAUUUUAAUUUUUUUUAGUCUACAAUAUUUGUAAACAUCCGACAAUCAGCAGAUUAUAUUCUAUGAUAUAAUCGUCGCAAUCAAGAAAUAAGACAAUUAUUUUAUAAAUCACUAAUCACUAUAUAUAUUCUAAAAUAUAACUCAUAAGGAGAAUAAUAAUCUUAAUGGUUGUUAGAGUUGAAAGAUGUUAGUGAUUAAUUGAUGAUUAUAUUUAAAACUACUUAAAGAUGAUUAAUUAUAUAUAAAUUUGAAUUAUUUAAAAUAUUAUUUACGACUAAACUAAAAAAUUAUGACUGGUAUCAUUAUAUUGUUUGAUGAUUUUCAAAUUGUGAAAAUAAUAUUCAAGAUCAACACAUAAAAGUUCGUUUAUAGCGUCUUUAAUCUUGAUGGUGGAAUUCUCAGUGGCUAUGACAUUUUCUGAUAUUGUCAUACCGUCCCCUGCUGCUAUAACAUCUCCCUAUGUUAUAUUGAGUACUGUUGUUAUGACAUAAAUUGUCAUACCGUUUGCUCAUGUAUGACAAUCAUUGAGAUUGUCAUACCGAGCUUAUCUUGGAGGACAAGUUCAUCAAAUGUCAUACCGAACUGCCCAGCAUGACAAUCGACUCAAAUGUCAUUCCUUCUCCUGAUUUCAGUAUGAAAAUCAAUGCAAAUAUCAUACCUUGUUAUGUAAUUGUCAUACCUAGUUUUGUGAUUGUCAUACCUAUCUAAGUCAUAGCCAAAAUUGUCAUAGCAUGGAAUGUCAUUCUAGUUCAAGUGUUUGCCUAUAAAUAGGCCUUCAUUUUCUUCAUUUCAUGUGUUCAAGCAUUGUAAACUUUUCAGUUGUUAGUAACUUGCUAUUCGUUAAAUUCACAGUUUCUGUGCUUUGAUCAUUCAGUUGUUUUAUACCGCUAAGUUAGAAUACUUCCUGUCGAAUUUAUUCUACGAACUUUAGUGGACAUUAAAACUGAACCAUAUUAAUUAUAUAACGACUUACACAUUGUUAUAUUAAUUAUCUAAAAUCUGAUUAACAAGUUAAACACGAAUCAGAUUAUUCCGCCGCGAUUAUUUUGUGACGAUUGAAUUCACCCCCCCUUCUACAAUCAUUCCAGGACCUAACAGCCGCUAUAAGGGAUUUCAUUCAUCCAAAAAAGAUUAUCAUCUAACUAAAAAACAUGCAAGAUAUCUCCGGAUGUUUAGAUAAUAAUACUUUAAUGUCUGAGAGGAAAAAUCCAUAAAAAAAUCUCUACCAAAGAUCCUUAAAAAAACAAACAAAAAAAGAAGAAAAUAAGUUCAUAUUAUCUCCCCCCCCCCCCCCCAUCCCAAAUUGGUCCAUAAAACCAAUCAAAGGCUUUCAAAUGUAGGGUGUAAAACAAUUUUGAUAAGUACACCUUGUAGCACUGUGGAUAAGUACACAUUGUUAUACAGAUUCGACUUUUAAAAUCCAAUUACUCUUUGUAAGUUAUGUUUAAAUGAUAUGUUUUAUAGAAAAGGUGAAACUAUCAAAUAUAUAUUAUUAAUGCUAUUUAAAUAUUUUCGAUUACUUGUCCAAUUAAUCUUUCCUGGUAUUCCUAGUUCCUGAUUCCUUACAUGUCAACCAAUCAUUUCUAAACUUCUGAUUCUUGAUUUCUAAGACCAUCCAUUGCCUCAUAUUCCUAUUUUUACAAUAAUACAAAUAGUUAUCUAAAGCCAUCAACGUUGGAUCACAUCAAAUAAUAUAACAGUUUGGGGCUUAAUUCAUUUAAUGAUUCAAGUGGUAAAAAUGAUGAUAGUUUGUAAAUAACCAAAAAAUAAGGAUUCAGAAUGAUUCUCAAAUAAAAAAGGGUUGUUGAUUUCAAAAUUCAUUCUUGUACGAAUCACAAAGUGUGGAAUGGUAUGUUACUAACCAGAUCAUGAAAGUGGUUAACCAGUUUUCAACUUAAACUCAACACCAAAGAAGCAUGAGCAAAUAUUCUUUAAAAAGCAACGCAAUGAUCGUGUUUUACCAGUUUUCUACUUAAACUCAACACCAAAGAAGCAUGAGAAAAUAUUCUAUAAGAAGCAACACAAGGAUAGUAUUUUAUCAACAAUUUGCCAGAAACGUCUCACUUGCUUAACCCUUAAAUGUGGAUUUAUUAGCAAACUCCCCCCACCACCAAGAAGCAACAUACAAACCACCAUAUCAAAAUGGUCACUACAUCAUAUAUAUUGCCAAUAUUCUUAGUUUUUUUGUGUUUAGCCGAUGCAUACCUUAAACCAAAUAGAAGAGUUACGUUACAACUCGUUCAUCGUUUCUCUCCCUCCCUCCCUUUCCAUAAAUCCGAUAAUCUCCUAAACUUUUUAGAAAGAAAUGAUGAACACGUCAUGAUAAAAAUUGCUACUUUACAACAACAAGAAAGCAUUGAUGUUCAACUGAUAAUACCCACUUCCGCAAUGCAACAUCUCUUUUUUGUUAAUUUAUCCAUAGGAGAACCGCCGGUCAGACAAUAUCUGGCCAUGGACACCGGCAGUCGUCUUACAUGGGUCAUUGGAGAUUCUCUAAGACGAGAAUUCAAUUAUUCAUCACAUAGAUCAUCUACUUCUGGCUAUAUCAAAUGCCAUAGUGAUACAUGCAAAAAGAUAAUGAAAACUUUUUGCAACUCAAAUGACAAGUGCAUGCACUACACAAGUUAUGCUGAUGGAAACCACGGGUUACAAACCUGCAUUGCAUAUGAUAGGUUUGUAUUCGAGAAUGAUGUAUUAGAUAAAGUGAUAAUGGAUAUAUAUUACAAAGGAAGGGGUAGGUUGUUUCAUGAAGACAAUUUUUAUGGAAUUUUCGGACUUAGUCCCCCAUACCCUUCCUUUGUCCAUAGGCUUGGUGACUUGGGAGCUAAGAAAUUCACUUACUAUAUCAAUGGCAAGGUAACCGAUACCUUUCAUCCCUAUGCCAGGCUGAUAUUAGGCGAUGCAGACAUACAAAAUGGUCUAACAACACCUCUUCAUAUAGACGGAGCUCAGUAUCAUCUCGAUAUGGAGUGCAUAAUUUUGGGAGAACAAUGUCUUGCUAUUGAUCGAAAAAUAUUUGCUAAAAAAGCACAUGGAGGUGGCACUGGAGUGAUUAUAGACACUGGCAGUAUCUUUACAUAUGUAGCAAAGGAGGCGUAUGACGGGGUACUUCAUCCCCUCAUUUUAAAUGAAUUAAAUAAAAGAGGUUUUAAGGACAUGAGAGACAAAUAUUGUUUCAUUGGAUCACUCGAAGAACUGAAAGAAACCAACUUUCCAGUUCUUUUAUUCGAGUUUGCUGAAGGAGCAAGUCUACAGCUGGAUGAAGAUAGUUUGUUUAUAGAUCAUGACUUACUAAAUUAUUUUUGCCUGACAGUUAGAUCUAGCACAAUAUAUGGACCAACUAUACAAAAUCUAACUAUUAUUGGUUUGACUGCUCAACAGGACUAUAUCAUCGGAUAUGAUUUGGAGAAUUUACGUUUAUCCAUGACAUUGUAUAAAUUUUAG